GCGUGCGUGUGUGUGUGUGUGUGUGUGUGUGUGUGUGUGUGUGUGUGUGUGUAUUCCUACGUCUGAGGCUGACAGUGUGUUUGUAGGUCUGUGGAGGAAUGUGGAAGAGGAAGAAACUGAGAUAUUAGCUGGAGGCGGAACCAAAGUGGCUACAUCAAAACAGGCUUACUGUGCACAGUGAGGAAGUAGACAUUGGAAUGAGAGCACAGGGCAACGUCAUCGAGAUGGGCUAUUGUUUUGGAGUGGAUUAUAUUGUCGUUUAUAGACAUUCUCCAGAGGGAUACCAGCUGCUUGGCAACUCUUCAGCCAAUAGCACAGCCAUCAUACCUCCUGCCGACCUCCAGGGUCGCAUCCACACCAACAGACAGCAGGACCUGCUUGGGCUACAGAUCACUAACCUCACACACAUGGACUCGGGGAUUUACAGGAGAGAAUGUUGGCAGAACCAGACUCUAGUCAGCCAUCACACACAGCACCUCUCUGUGUGUGGAGAAGAGAUUGAACCACAGAAGAUUGUGAUGCCGGAGGUUGGAGCGGCUGAACUAAGGUGCAACAGUACUUCCAUAGGUCUGGAGGGAACCUUUGUACGCUGGUAUUAUGAAAUGUAUCCGACCUAUAAGCUCGCACUCUUCCUGGAUAGCAAUGUGUCACUGGAUCCAUUGGUGAAGGAGCUGGAUGGUAUCACGGAGGUCAGAGAAAGCGGGGCAUUGCUUUUGCUUAACAACAACAUGUUAAAGAAUAACCAACACUUUUACUGUCUUGUGAUGAAAGAUAAGAACUGUCUCAGUUACCAAAAUAUGUUCCUACCUGACCACAGUGAGAGCAGGGACAUUUUUGCCUCACAUGGGGACAGACUGUUACUAUAUUGCUCCUCUGAUGGUGAUUUCCAGGAAUGGGACACACCACUGGGGAAGAUCAAUGACAGCAACCCGAGGAACAAUCAGAUGUACAUAUCUUUCAGUGACACACCUGAAGACUACACGCUGGUGAUUCCUGCUUUCUCUGAUGAACUUACUGGGAAAUAUUCAUGCAUCUCCCCCUUAAUUGAGCUCGAGUACUCGCUUUUUCUUUGCACAGGAAAGGAUACCCCACAAAAAAGGUCGGUUUUUGAAGGUGGGAAUGUCUCGCUGGAAUGUGAUGUUAGCCAUGUUAAUGCUGAAAAGGUGCAGUGGUACCGCAAGGAUACAUCAGGGGGACAUGAACUUAUCCAUGAUUCAAAUGAUGAGACCAUGCCUGGCCCAGAGGAUCUGAGGGGCAGAAUGACUCUGUCUAAGAAUGGCUCCUGUCUGACACUCUUCGACCUGAAGAUGGAAGAUAGAAAGAUGUACUGGUGUGUUGUUUUUGGCCCUGAGUUUCUGGAAAGUUAUGAUGAUUACCAAGAUGAAAAUGAUGAUGAGGAAGAUACUGAGGAAGUUGAGUACAAUGAUGUCCUAAACUUUUAUGAAACACAUACGUGCAUCUUCAAACAGGAGCAUUCGGUUUUGAUGAAGAAGAACCCACCAGACACUAAGGUUACUAACACUAAGGUGUAUGCCCUGGUUGGAGGACUGGCUGUAAUACUGCUGGCUGCAGUGAUUGCUGCAGUGAUUGUAAUAAAAAAGAGGUCAAAAGCCUCUGGACUAAAUACAAAUAAGGACAUAAAGAUGACUGAGGAUCCUGGUUGUACUGAGAGGUUAACCAACAAUGUAGAGUAGCAGCAAGGCAUUUUACAUCCAACGAAUAUGAACUGUGCUAUGAAGCCUGUAUGUAUACUUUCAGUUUCAUGUUCAUGCUGUCUUUAUACUUCUUCCUCUUUGGUGCUAAUGACUAAUGCUCGAUUUUAUACAAUGGAAUAUUUUAAAAAACAUUUUUUUCUUUCACAACCCUUUUUUGCUUGUGACUGAGAAUACACAAACUCCUUUGUGUCUAAAACAAAACAAAAAGUAUCUCUCUCACAAUGUUUCUCUUCAGUUUUAACUGCUAAAAGUAAGGGUUUUUUUUAAGUUCAGUGCAAAAAUCGCACACCCUGUACAAUGUAAAAAGAUGAUACUAUGUUUUGAACUUAUCUGAUGGAACAUUUGGUAUGGUUGUAAUGUGACUUUAAAUGAUGACUAAAAACCAGUCAGGCUGCUCUCCUGUCAACAGAUUGUUUGGUGCCAUGAAAGAUGAGCCUAACAGCUAAAAAGUGCUUGACACUCUGCUGUCAAAAGAAUCAUAACAAUAAAAAAUUAUUUCAUCGUGACAUCACUACUCUGCAGUACAUGAAAGUCAGGAAUAUAGCAGACU